AUGGGCGACUUUCUUGAGCAGCUGCAGCAGCUGGCAAGUGUGUAUGCCAUCUGCGACAACCAUGUCUCCGUGAUGGCGGGGAUGAGCGGCACGGCAGAGGAGCUGUCGUUUCGUUCCUACGACAGUUUAGAAGGCGCUUCCUACAUCUGCACCCUAAACGAGAAGGCCCUUCACACAGCGAAGGCCUCGCUCUGCGACAAUGCCGACUGGAGCAGCUUUUUUCGCGAGGUUCAGCUGGCAUUCAACUCGGGUAAAGUAACCGUGCAGCCUGGGAAUGUGCAUCGAGCUGCCGGUACCGCCGCCGCGCCGGUUUCCGCUGACUCCAAAGGCCUAGCAUGCUCGAUGAAGGUGCAUUGCUUGUCGGGGUCAGGGGAGAAGCAUGCCACCUUCGUGCUUGAGCAAACCACGGAGGACCAGCAGAAGUAUAUUCUCGAGAGCAUGCUGCAGGCGCAUCACAUGUAUAACCACCCGAAGGAGUACGAGCAGAAGCUGCUCCAGAUCACGGAAGCCAAAGCGAUAGCGUGCGCGAAGCGCGAGGCACUUGAUCUUGAGCUGGUCGCGCUGAACGAUAAUCUGACACGAAACAAGUACAAGCAGAAAAUAAACAACGAACGUAAACAGGAGCUUCUUCAGAAGCUCGGCGGCUACAGCACAGAGAACACGGGAAAUCUGUGGCGGACGAUCCAGGAACAGCAGCAGAAGGCAGCUGGCGAGGACAACAACUCUCGACUGCCGAGCCCGCUCGGGAACCGCACCUGCAAGGACUUUGAUCUUAUCCUGUUUCGCAUGAUCAAGAGUCGGUGGCUGUCCCCAGAGCAGUGCGACGCAUGCUCGCCCGCGAAUCGCGUUGUGCAGCCGUUCUCCAAGGAGGACCUCGUGAUCCAGGUGAGUCAACUCUCAGGUAGCCGAGCUGCGAUAUGGAAGGCGCUGGACUCCAUCGACUCAUGGAACUACCGCGUGUUUGAUGUCCAGGCGGCUAUGAGCGGUGACGACUACCUCUCGCUUUCUGCACAGACGCACGGCGGGUCUCUCCUGGUAACCAUGUACGCACUGCUGUGCAUGCACGACUUCCUGCAAAAGUUCCAGAUCGACGAGGAAAUUGCGCUCAACUGGAUCAGCGCAGUGGAGGCGAGCUACCACGGCAACCCGUAUCACAACUCGAUGCACGCCGCGGAUGUGCUGCAGAUUACGGACUUCAUCAUCACACAGGGAGGGUUGGCGAAGCGGUGCAACCUAAGCGAGAUCCAGGUCUUCUCUGCCUUGCUGGCUGCCUCGAUCCAUGACUUUGACCACCCUGGCAUCAACAAUAACUUCCACAUCAAGACAGGCAGCUACCUUGCUACGCUGUACAACGAUCGCAGUGUCCUGGAAAAUCUCCACGUGAGCAGCGUUUUCGAGCUCAUGAAGAACCCAGCCUUCAACAUCCUAGCCAGCUUCAGUGGUGAGCAGCGUCAUGAGGUCCGCGAGACGAUGAUAGAGAUGGUGCUGGCGACGGACAUGGGCUCUCACGGAAAGUACGUGGCGAAUCUGAAGGGCAAGAUGCAGGAGCGCUCUAGUUUCACCCAGACCGACGAGCAGAAUCUCUGCCUCGCGAUUGCUCUGAAAAUGGCCGACAUUUCAAACUGCGGGCGCCCGCUUGACAUUUACCUGCGCUGGGGAGCGAAAGUGUCGGACGAGUUCUACCAGCAGGGAGACCGCGAGCGCAACCUAGGCCUCGAAUGCAGUCCCUUCAUGGAUCGCCUUCAGCCGAGCCUUGCGAAGAGCCAGAUUGCCUUCAUGAACUACAUCAUCACCCCCUUCUUUGAGCAAGUGGCCGAGCUUCUGCCUGAUAUGCGCUUCGCGGUGGGUUUGGUAGAGGAAAACAAAGCGUACUGGGCCAACCACGACGACUCGUAG